CGUUAUUACAAAUCUUGCGUCAGCCGUAAGAGCUUGCAAAACUGGGGCUUGGCGCAAAAGCUUGUUUUUCCGAUCGCUGAGCCAAAUGAGACUCCUGCGUGGACUCGGCUUGCUUCAUUUGUUUGCUGAAGGCUUGCUGUAAAUUUGCUGGAAUCAUGAUUGACAAGGAAGAUUUUGGGCCCAUCACACGGAGUCGUAGACGCGCGACCAUCACGAGCGCAAAGAGCGAGACUGUGAAACUCAGAAACGGUGCGAUCGCAGCAGCCAGUGAUCUCAAAAGCGGACCCAAGGCGCGGGGGUCUGUCACCAAAAACGUACAACUAAACGAAGACAGCAAACAAAAAUGCGAUCGCUACGACAAAAUGAGUUGCCACAAGUUGCAGGAGUCGAUGCUGAGUUCUGCAAGCAGCUUCAAAAAUUACAGAGGCAUCCUGAACUGGUGUGUGGUAAUGCUGGUUUUGAGCAAUGCACGCCUGUUCUUGGAAAACCUUCUCAGGAAUGGCAUUUUGGUGGACCCCAUUCAAGUGGUGUCAUUGUUCCUCAAGGACCCUUAUAGCUGGCCUGCUGCGUGCCUGGUCAUUGUUUCUAAUGUUUUUAUACUUGUGGCGUUGUACACCGAGAGGAAACUAGCCAUGGGGUCGAUCAGUGAAAAGGUCGGCCUGCUGAUCUACAUCUUUAAUUUAACAAUCAUCUUGUGUUUUCCGAUGGUUGUUGUUUUGAAGCUGCUAUCGAUUACACCAGUUGGAGGGGCGUUUGCCUUGGGAGUCUACACCAUCCUGUUUUUGAAACUGUACUCGUAUAAGGAUGUUAACUGGUGGUGCAGAGAAAGAACGCAAGCAAAGGCACGCAGCCUCUCCAGAUCUCUUUCAUGUCCAUCAUCUCCAUCUGCAUCCAGCGCUAUGCAGUCGCAUGUGUCUUACCCAGGAAAUCUCUCUCUCAGGGAUAUUUAUUAUUUUGUUUUUGCUCCAACCCUGUGCUAUGAGCUUAAUUUUCCCCGCUCUGAAUCCAUCCGAAUGGGAUUUCUACUCAGGAGGCUCUUUGAGAUGUUGCUCCUCACUCAGUUAUUGGUUGGUUUAACACAGCAGUGGAUGGUGCCAAUCAUUCGAAGUUCAAUGAAGCCAUUGCAGGAAAUGGACUACAGUAGAAUGACAGAGCGUCUGCUUAGACUAGCAGUGCCCAACCAUCUCAUCUGGUUGAUUUUCUUCUACUGGUUUUUCCAUUCCUCAAUGAACUUUGUGGCCGAGCUAUUGAGGUUUGGAGAUCGUGAAUUCUACCGUGACUGGUGGAACUCCGAGACAAUAACGUACUUCUGGCAAAACUGGAAUAUUCCUGUGCACAAGUGGUGUCUCCGGCACUUUUACAAGCCGUUGCUGAGAAGAGGUGCUGGCAAGUUACUGAGCCAAUCAGCUGUGUUUUUCGCCUCUGCUUUUUUUCACGAGUACCUGGUCAGUGUCCCUCUCAGGAUGUUCAGGCUGUGGGCAUUUAUGGGCAUGAUGGCACAGCUCCCACUGGCAUGGUUUGUGGCCAGGUUUCUUCGUGGUAAUUAUGGAAACGCUGCUGUGUGGCUCUCACUCAUUAUUGGUCAGCCUAUUACAGUACUGAUGUAUGUUCAUGACUACUAUGUUACCCACUGUCAGGAUGACCCGACGAUCGCCGAAGCUCUGUAAUCACACUGUUGAUCGUGGACUCGGCUAAGCAGCUAAACUUCAAAAUAUUGCUGUAAGACUUCUUCAUAUUGCAGAGGUACUAGUGGAAAGUACACUGAUACAAUUGAAGAGUCCCGGCAGUCAGGUUUCCAUAAAGUCUUCAAAUAAACUCAGCUCUAGGCUAUGAUUAAACCUUUAAGAACAAUUACAACAGCCAGUCUAUGCAAUUCAUGCCUAGAACUGCCAGUAGAAAUGCACACGAGUCUUUACGCUUCUGAAUGUGACUCUACAGGUGUCAAGUGCUCAUUUUAGCUUCACUAAUUGAAACUGUCUUUAUUUUUCUAAGGGUGUGUUACAUGCAUUACUAGUAGGAACGUUCUGUCACUUUUUUAGCAUUUUAACAUCUGCAUUUAGUUUAAAUAUAGUGAAAACUCUUUAAAAUGGGCAUGCUGGACUUUUAUUAUUGUACAAAUAUAUGUUGUUCGGUUUUUGUUUUUAAAUGAAAUGCCAGUAAAUUGAUACAAUAUGCAAGGAGAGUAUGUACGGACACAAAUGUGUAAUUUUUUUAAUGAAUUUUAAACCAAUAUGUGGGCAGACACUUUAUUUGUUUAUGUAUGUUUUUUUUCUCCAAAGGGAUACGAGAGAAAAUGUUUGUUAUAUCCAAAGUAUGUUACGUCCAUAUUUUAUUUGUUACAAUAAUUUUGAAUUGCAUUUUUAUGUAUCUAAACUGUUGUACACUAGCGUUGAGAUGCAUCAAGAGUGCGCCUCCUUGUGGCGAAUGUUGAGAAUAAACAACCCUGCAACUGA